AUGGCCUACUCUUCGUCGACCUCUGUCAACGACAUUUACCUGCAAGACUUCAGUCAGCGGCAGAGCUCAUCCUCGGUUCUGGACCGUUCCUCUAGCCGAAAUGGGCACCUGACACCUUCGCAUACAGGCCAGGGGGUCUAUUCACAGACUACAGCGGCCAUGUCACCCCAGUCGGCCACGUCAGAAGCUCCUUUGAACGGUUCAAUGGAAAGAAAGGAGUUUUCAAAGGAGACAAAGAACAGAAGCAUUCCUAAUGAUAUCGCACACAGAUUCGUGGCAGCGAUAGCGGCGGCGUUUUUCCUCUGUGUGGUCAUGACGUGUGCGCUCUUCUCGUACAUUGUGAGAAGCCGUACCCCCGCCCGGCUGCCGGAAGUCCAGCGUCAGAGAAAUCAAACCACCACCAAGAACGAUAAACGGCUCACCAUGGAUCUCAGUUACUACGCCAACUUACUGGGAUUCGUGCUGGACGAGUACGAGGUGACCACGAGCGACGGAUUCAUUCUGGACCUCAAGCGGCUCCAUAAACAGGGCCAGGAACCUACUGGAGAGCCUAUUCUCAUGGUCCAUGGCCUGCUACAGUCCUCUGCAGCCUAUCUCACGUCAGGGAAAGACUCCAUUGCAGCCUACUUUCUGGAACAGGGGUAUGAUGUGUGGCUGGGAGAUAACCGGUGUGGUUUCCAGCCUAAACACACAAAGUACAAGAAGAGCGACUCGCGAAUGUGGCACUGGGACAUCACGGAGAUGGGAACCGAAGACCUGCCUGCUCUGGUGAACUAUGUUCUCAAAGUCACUGGUAGAGAAGAGCUCAUCUACUUUGGUCACUCUCAGGGAACCACACAGGCGUUUCUGGGCAUGUCCCGGGACUUUUACCCUGCCCUUGGUCAUAAGAUCAAGCUGUUUGUUGCUCUUGCGCCAGCUGUAUACGCAGGUCCGCUUAUUGACCGGUGGUACUUCCAGUACUGUCGCAACAUGUCUUUGGAGCGAUGGAAGUGGUCAUUUGGUAUUCAUUCCUACAUCCCCUUGAUGAACACCAUGCAUUCCAUCUUCCCCAAAAGACUGUAUGGCUUCUUUGGCUACAUCAUGUUCAAUUACAUGUUUGACUGGACCGACGAAUGGUGGGAUCGAAACCUGCGCAACCGGCAGUUUCUUUACUCCCCUACGUUUGUGUCUUCCCAGCUGAUGCAGUGGUGGCUUGGACCAAACCACUUCUCCAAGUACAGAGGCAUCUUGCCGGACAAGGCGGGGGUCAAGUGGUACGAUCAAAACUUCCCCAAGCUGGUGCUGGUGAUUCCAACCAACGAUAUGCUGGUUGAUGCUGAGAAGAUCUACGAGCGCAUCACACAGGUGGAGACGGAUGUGACCUUGGUUGAUACCAUCCGGGUGGUUGAUUACUCGCAUUUGGACGUUCUUUGGGCCAUGGAUGUGGUGGACAAGGUGUGUAAGCCUGUCCAUGAGAUCAUCAAGCAUCAGGAGAGAGAGAAGUCUGAGUUGCCGGAGAUCCGGCUGACGACGUGA